UGAUGCUGCACGUUUGGUGAUUCGUGUGUCUGUAAAAUUUAGGUUUCAUCUCUAUCAGGGCUUCAUAUUUCAUAUUUGCCAAGAUGAGGCUAAUAUUUAAUAACCAGAAUGCCAGUGAUUUGAUUUGGAAUUAGUCCUUUGCGUUCAUACCACAAAGCAGAGCUAGAGCCAUUUAAAUUUUAACAAACCUUGCAACUUAGCCAAAGACAGUUUACUAGCUGUUUACUAAAGUGAUAAUAUUUGAAAAGCCGUCAAACUUCAUGGCGGCAGCGGCUCAUACACCUUGCCCAGAGUUCUUGGACUGGGAACUUGACUCUUCUACAACCAAUGGAUUAAAACAGGAGAAGCAACUUUCUGCCUCACAGAGAAGAUACUACAGCUUCUGCAGGAGGAAGUCAUUUGCUGCCUUUGUGGCAUCCAAGAGGGACGACAGUCGGGAGGAGGGGAACACAUCUUGGUGCUGCUGCGGUCAGACCUUCAAGGAACAUCCUGCCAUUCACAAGCAUGUGGCCAGGACUCACGAUACUGAAAUAAAGCAGCUCACACAGGCCACAUAUGAAUGUCUGCUAAGCCAGCUGGAGGAAGAACCUGAAGCACAGCAGCCGAACGAGCACAAAGCCGAGGCGGUGGACAUUUCUGCGUGGAUACCCGACACCAGCCACAUCCCUGAGGAGCAACUUCUGAAGGGUCCAGGAAAGGUGAUCCUUUAUUAUCACUACUGUCAAGUGGAGGAUCCACAUGUCAUCUGUGCUUGGCAGAGAGCUUUGUGUGAAAAGCUCCACUUAACUGGCAAGGUGAGGGUGGCGACUGAAGGCAUCAACGGAACAGUCGGUGGCACCAACAUGGCCACUGACAUUUACAUCAACGCAAUGCGCUCACAUCCUUUAUUCAAGAUGGAUAGGGAGGAUUUUAAGACAAGUGAUGGUGGUGCAGAGUGUUUCACAGACCUAAGGGUUGGAGUCUAUAAAGAAAUUGUCCCCAUGGGAGUGGAUCCUGAUGUCAUCUCCUACCAAUCAGCAGGAAUUCAUCUGGAGCCAGAGGAGUUUCACAAAGAAGUGGAGGCUCUUCUGGCUAAUGGGGAUCUGUGCAGCGACACCAUCCUGCUAGACUGCCGUAACUUUUACGAGAGCAAAAUUGGGCAGUUUACUCAGUGUCUGGCCCCGAACAUCCGUAAGUUCAGCUACUUCCCCGACUACGUCGACCAGAACCUGGAACUGUUUAGAGACAAGAAAGUCCUCAUGUACUGCACAGGAGGGAUCCGCUGUGAGCGCGGCUCUGCAUACCUCCGCUCAAAAGAUGUGUGUAAAGAGGUUUACCAGCUGAAAGGUGGAAUUCACAAAUACCUGGAGCGUUUCCCUGAGGGUUUCUAUCGAGGAAAACUUUUUGUCUUCGACGAGCGCUACACCAUCUCCUCCAAUAGUGACAUAAUCUCAGACUGCAGGUACUGCGGCUGUCCGUGGGACCAGUACAAGCUCUGUUCCACCCAGUUCUGCUGCCAGCUGGUUCUGUCAUGUCACGGUUGCAGACGGGAUGGACACACCGCCUGCUGCCCCACCUGCCAAACCAAAGGAAGGGCUCAGAACGAGGCGUCCUCCGGCGCUCCGCGUCACAAAGAGGAGUGUGAGUGCACCGGUGGACGUCCCAGAAUCCCUCAGGAUGUGUAGCGAUCGAACAUCAGUGUUCGCAGCCACAUGAAAAACGCUGCACGUCCAGGGAUAUUAAUCAGACUGUGCAACCAGCAUAUUUUUAAAUCAUGAAUGUUGCAAAUUCAAUCAGAUUUAAAUGGUUUAAUUCUGUGGACAGAGCCAUCCAUGAAUCUGAUAUUAGAUGAUAAACCUGUUAAAUCAUCUGUUACUGAGGGAAAUGUUAGAAUACAUCUGCAGAGUCCACGAGUUUUAUUACAUACAUUUUGUGAAACUGGAAUGCCUUGUCAUUAAUGAAAGCUCAGUUCCAGUGGAUUUGAACUUCAUAUUUUAUAUGUGUAUGACU